CGUCAACGAUUGCGCAUAACUUAAGAGAGGGAUUCGCAACAUUAUUUGCCAGGUGGCUAAAAGUGAUUAGUGCGUGUUGAAGAGAAUUAAAGAUUUCUUUCCAUACCUCUCACAUAGAUGCACCAGCUUAAAAAUGGCCGAUUCAAAUGCUACGGCCGUAAAAAAGACACAACAUGGUAUAGAAUUCCAAAAGCAUAUUACAACACUCUUUGCUUUAGCAUAUAUCGAGGAGGUAAAUCAUGAAAGGUUGGAAUUUAAAAUAACACCAGAGCAUAAAGAUAGCGGAAAAUUCGAUGAUAUCCGCUAUGAAUUCAAAUAUAAAACUGACUUCAAGGAAAACCUAUUCUUAGUUCAAGUCAAACACAGUCAAACCUACCAGUCAACAAUCAAAUUAAACGAUUUUAUCCCAAAUAGAAAAAAAAGCGGACCUGUGAAAUUUAAAACAAACUCUAAAGAACAACCGUUUCUUAUUCAAACAUAUUUCACAUCGUUUUAUGAUCAAAAAAUAUCUGACGCCGAUAUGUACAGAUUGAUUUUAUGUACUAACAACAAUAUAGAUAUUGAUGCUGAAAAAAUUUGGAAUUUAGUUCAGGAACCAGUAGAUACAUUAGAUAACCAUUUAUUAGGAUUAUUCAAAACUGUUCGAGGCAAGUGCUAUCAUCUGAAGUACAACAAAAGCAAUAGUCAAACGCUCACUGAAAUGUUCGAGGAUUGUUCCGAAUCCGCUCGGUUAGCCAAAUUGCUGGUAAACUAUGCGAUAUUGAGUAAAAGAGAAAUAAAUAGGAAAAAUCGCCUUUUCGCAAAAUACCACAAUGCACUCAAGAACAUUUUCGAACUCGUUAAAAAUUCAAAUGAAAAACAAGCAAAAAAAGUAAAAGAAGAAGAAAGAAGAAAUUAUAAGUUUAAGAUAGAUAUACUAACUUCUUCAGGGGAAGUAUUUAUAACCGAGUUUAAAAAAAAUUACCAAGAAGCAUUUGGACUUAACUCGAUAGCUGAUGUUUGGGAACAUUUGAGAGGACAAACAGUGCGUGUUUCAGCAAUGUACAUGCAGAGUAAUGGAGAAUUUGAAUCGUUAUUUCCAAAUGACCGGGUAACACCAGAAAACAUUCAUUCUUUCUGCGAACGAUUUCGCUUAGUAUGUGGUAUAUCAAGUCUUACUGAUUUAAAAGGUAUAUUUGAAACUCAUUUGCAGAAGAGCUCAUUUGCUCGUUGCUUGAAGAACGAUAGUAAUGCUUUUCCUGACAACAGAAUGAUUGAAAACAGUAUGGCAGUACAAGAGAUUCAAAAAAUGGUAGCGGAUUGUUUUAGCUCUCGAGAUAAAGAGAGUUUUGGAUCAAAGGAUGUUAUUGGUUGUCUCAACCAAGCAAGUCUUUCCAUAGAUAUUUUCAAGAAGGACAUAAUUACCAGAGAAAAAUAUUUCAAAUCUAAAUCCUUAUUUAGAAUUGACGAAGAGUGCUUAAAAACAUCGGAAUUAUACAAAGUUAUGAAUGAAAGUUCUUUUCUAAUGUUGAAUACAUAUGAAAUAGAAUAUGGUAGCACAAUUCUAUUCGAUAUAAUUGAUAUACAACGUAAAAAUACCGACCUCUCACUUUUUUUCGAUGCUUCACAUUUUCUUAACAAUCCUGAACAGUUUGCAAACUUUUUCAUAACCUGGAAUUAUACCGCGUGUAUAAUGAUUGUAUACAAUAAUAAAUGUGCUGAACAGGAUAACGUGAAAUUUUUGGAAGAUAUUGCUACAAAAAAGCGUAAAAAUUGGAUUUUUUUAAUCAAUCGAACAGACAAUACCAAUAUAAAGCAUACAACGGCAUUAUCGCAGACGGAUCAAAAUAUAUAUCAGGAAUACAAUACAUCGUUCCACAUUCGAGAUCUUGAAGAAGCGUCACGGGAUAACUUUUUUAGGGAAAAAGUUACUCUAUGUGAUACGAUUAUUCUUGCAGGAGAGAUAUUUAAAAUCGAAUGUAAUUUGUGUUUGUUAGAACAUGUCAUAGAGCAAAUAAACCGCGGAAAACAAAUGGAAGCGCCUAUUGAGCGGGAAUAUGAGAAAAUAAUGAAAGCCAACUUUGUAGAACGUUAUUGUAUGCAAAAUACGAAGCAAGAGAAUGCCACUCAUGAAACAGAUGAGAAACAAAUACUUGAAAUAAAAGAGGUAAUAAGCGAAACUCAACAGAAGAAAAUGUCUAGUGGCGAAUUGGUAGCACAUUUGAAGAAAUUCAAAAUAGUAAAUGAAAUUUUUGAAACAGAAUCGAAUUUGAACGAUGCAAGUCCAAAGAGUCAGAAUGGUGUAGAAGAACAGGCUAACAAAGUCAUCAUAGUAAAAGAUGGCAAAAAACGGGGAAAAUCUACAUAUCUUAAAUGGUUAGCUAGGAAUUUGCGUCAACAAAACAGGGAAUCGUGGAUUACAUUCUGUAACCUUAGCGAUCAUUCAAUUAUAAGUAGAAUCAUUGAUGAAAACCCUACAAACGGUGAAGAAACUGAAAGCAGAGAUUUGAGAAUAUUAUAUCAACUGAUAUGUUUAUGCCUUGGUAAAUUACCACCGGAUUGUAUAGGGAAGAAUGCUUUCACAAAUCCAAAAGUAAAUUCAAGUGAAAAUUUCAAAGAAAAUGCAACUUUAGAUGGUGUAGUAAAGUUUCUAGUAUUUCGCCAACAGUUGCAUAAAAGUAAAUUGGUGUUGCUGUUCGAUGGGUUAGAUGAUUUAAAAAGUCCUGUCCAAAAAAAGGUGUUGAAACUUCUUAGUAGCCUUGCGAAAUUGUGUGGAGUUUGCAAAUUAUAUAUUACAAGUUGCGAUAGUGAUGCAAUAGAAAGUGUUUUCAAACAAACUUUCGAAUUUACUUUCCCAAUUGCGAGUUAUCAAUUGCAACCACCAUCGCUAAAACAAAUAGCUGCUAUGUUGCAUAACAUGUUUGAAUCGAAAUUCCAAAAUGAUCUCAAGAAGGAAGAAAAAUUUGCUUAUUUAAAAUUGUUGUGUUUAACCAUCAUAAACCGAUUUGGCGAAAAUAGAAAUAAUCUCUUCGAAUUUAUGUAUUCAGUGAAUAGUAUUAAGAGUCGUGCUGAUCAGUACAUUAAUAAUUUAGGCAUCGUAAAUGUGGAAAUGUUAAAUGCUAUGUUAGAAAAAAUGCAAAUUGCAGAUAUAUUGAAAAUUGAUGAUGAAGAAGAAAAGCUGAUUCAUAAUCUUAAAAGAGUAAAUUUAAGUAAAAAACGUCGACUGCAACCAUAAAAGAUUAACGUCGUUCGUCAAUGUUAAAAAAUAUAGUUUGAGGCAAAUGAACUUUUGUCAAGUAGAACAUUUUUUAUACAACUGGUGUAUCAUAAAUGUGUAGGGAAGCAAACACAAGUUCGGAUUAGUGAGAUAUUUCGUUUUACUACGCAGAAUCACUAACAAGAUAGGACGAAUUAAAAGCUUUGCAAAUUAUUUUGCGAAGUCAGUUAAAUAGCUGACAUUCCUGAACAACGAAAAAGCAUUGUACAAGACAGAGGCCAAACCAUUUAUUUACUACUUAUUAUGAAUAUUAGCAAUCCUGCUUAGCUGUUCAUAUCUUCAUUGCUACCUAGCAACUUAGCGAUGUUCAUGGUGUCGGAUGAUCAACGCAUCGUCGGAAUAAAGGUCAGCGAACGGAUCGUAGUGCCAUGCGAAGCCAGCAAAUUAUUUAUCACUCACGCCUCCAAAUUUCCACAUCUAAAACCCUACAAUUACUGAUCAUCGGUGGUUCCGAGCCACAUGUUACAUGCGUUGAUAUGUUAAUAGUGAACAUGAUGGUGGACUCGAAUGAACGUGGGGGCUGCUUAACGGCCCGAACGAUGCUAACCGCGGUUGUAGCAACCUGUUGCUGUGGGAUAUUAUACCAGCUAUUUUCAACUGUGAACAACUCAUUGACUAUCAAGUUAGAAUAAUUAUAUUUGCAAGCAGACGCUGUUUAAUCCCCCGCUGUUUAGGAACAAGUUAGAAGACAUCAUUGUACCUUAAAGGACACUUCUGGCAGGCUACGUUCAACGCCGCCAGACUACUGAGAGGCUAUCACGUAAUAUUUCUGUUCGUGGUGGAUUAAGCGGACUACGUUUGUAAAAUCUACAAAACCAGCUCCAUGCUCUCGGCUCCAUGAUUAUAUACGACCCAAAAUACCUAAGAUCCAGAGGAUAUAAGCCGCUGCAUUGAACCACCAAUGCUACCAUCAGGCUACUAUACCUUCGACUACGCUAUCGCAUCGAAUACUCGCUGCCUUGCCAAGCAGCGAAAAGAAAAAUUGAAAAAUGGACAGCACACUCCAAACGACUCCGGCCAUCCAUGCUACAAUAGAACAAACGCAUCCAUCCAGUCGUGAACGAAGGCGGAAGCGGGAGCAGCAGCAACAGCGGCGGACAGGAGCCGAGAGCGGGCACAGACGAUACUCCUGUGGUAGCGGAGAUGGAGUACGGUAGCAACGGCUCAAGGGGCCAGUCGCUAUAUCCGAUGAACGCAUAGCAUCCUCCUAGAAGUGGAACCAUGGGUGACACGGGGGCAUGGCUCGGUGGAUUUCUGACGUGGAGUUGACGCCUCAAUCGCAGCCCAGGCGGUCUUACAGCGUAGCAGCAAGGGGCGCAGUAGUGGCAGGUAUGCGACCUCGUCACAGAGGACGGAGGGGAGCGUCUGCCUGGUCAAGAGCUGGCGCGGUUGCCAUGGUAUACCCCGACAGGCGUGUGCGGAAGGGCGUAGGGCAGCUGCGACUGCAGCAACAAAUAAGAGUGUUGCGUGCCCUAGAGCGACAGCGGUGCAGUGAUCUACAGGCGGCGGCACGCUACAAGGCGGCACGAGCGCGCCUUAAGCGAUGAAGAAAAGAAGGGAGUAGGAGCAGAGCAGUUCGGCUAUUGCUAGAUGUUGCGGGGGCAAAUCGUACCAGAAACAAAGAGGCAGAGCUAGUCAGGAACUGGAUAGCGGUAGGAAGAAUACAGACAGAGCCGAAAUACGAACAAGGGCCAACGCAGAGGCCCGCGGCCCCCUCGAUAGGCCUUCACGGGCCUCUAGCAGCCACCGGAUGCUGGCAAUGCCAGCAUAGGAGGGUGCCUUAGAGCGAUGAUCGUCUUGUAAAUAUAGAUCUGCAAGUUAAUAAAUGGUCAGUCUUAAUAUAAAAAAGUCGUAAACGAAGCUUGGAAAAUAUGUAACAGUAAUUUAAAAACGACGUGUGGCAGAUGAG